UAGGUGACGUCAUUUAUGUAUAACCCCUAAGGACAGGGACCUGGCUUGACCUGGCCAGGCAGCCGAUGUCUUUUGUCAUUUCGUGAGCUUUUACAUGGAGAUUUGUAGGUAUGGGAGAGAAAACAGCAAGUGCGAAAGGGGUACUGGAAAGUUUUGGUUUGAAGGACAAACUCAAGACAGUCUCGAUUGAUCUUUCAACUGGAUGGAAGUUCAUAUCAGCAAGAGCAAAGCAUGAAGCAAAAACUUUUAAUAAAAAAGCAAGGAAAGCACUUGCAACUUAUGAAGAGGGAAGUAGUGUAAGGUAUGAUCAAGUGUAUAACUGUGACUUUGAUGUUGGAUUUUCUGUUUGGAAAAGAUUUCAAGGCUCAUGGAGAGAGAUGCGGGAAGAAUCUGACAAAAAUACUUGUUUAGCUGAGGGAGCUGAUGUUAUUAUAAAUGAUGUUUUCAAAGAGUGGCAGAAAUGGGAGUCUACUGUGUCUCAAUUUCAUGAAAACCUUGUUGCCAUACCAGAUAUUAUUGCACAAGUUGAAAUUGCUCAAGCACAAUUAGCCAAAAUAGGAGAUCAAAUUUCAAAGGUAGAAAAACUUUUGGUGGAGCAUGAAGAUGUUGUCAUGAAGGUUGAGCUAGAACGUAAAAAGUGCAAUGAGAAACUUGAGCUGAGCAAACUAGUUGAAAAGAGACAAAAAGCAUACCAAGAAAUGAAAGCAAAAUAUGAAAUGACUGAAGAAGAAUCUGGGGAGAUGGCAAUGGUUCUUGAAAGGCAAGAAUCAAUAGAAAAACAGCAGGUAUACGAGGAUGCCUUUCUGGAGCAGAUGGAGAAAUACAUUCGAUAUGGAGAGCUUGAACGACCAAUUGUUGGCUCAGUAGAACAUCAUGAAGUGCCAACAGAUAUUUCAUUCGAUGAAUCAGACUUUGAUGCCCUAAAGGAAUUCUUAGGACCAGAGGAGCUGGAUACUGUCAUGAAGUCACAAGCCCUAUGGUUAAAGUCAUGUGAUGGUGGUCAGUCAAAUAGUGAAAAUCUUCAAAAUCCUUCUAAUAUUGACAGCGAUGCUAAUGAAGUGAAAGACAUUGUUAGCAAUUCAGCAAAAGCUGCACACUUUGAGCAGCUGACAAUUGAUGCAAUUUCACAAUUAACAGAUGCAUCAACAGAGGAAAAGUUAAAUCAAGAUACUGAUUCCAGUCAACUGCCAGAAGAUAAAGAACACACAGAACACUCAUCAGCACAAGACAAGGUAGACAGUGGAGAAGAGAAAGAUGUUGAAUAAUUUACACAACUAAUUUAUAUUGGUUGUUUCUAGGGUUUAAAUUGUGAAUCAACUUAGUUAAUUUCAGUGUAAGGAGAAUUGUAAUAUGGUUUCUGAUAAAAAGUAUUGGAUUAUUUUAAUUUCUAGCACAGCAUCAGCAUCCAUUUGCUGACAUUUCAUAACCUUUUUUGAUGACUGACCAACUCUUGAAUUUGGAUAAACACCCCUUUCUGCUUUUAAAUAUUUCAAAAGAAACCUACCCAAUAAAUUCUUAUUCCAGACCCCUAUUUUAUCAUUUUUGAACCAUGCAUAUCAAGAAACUGCAACAAAGCUCAUUGUUGUGUAAAGAAAAACACAGAGAGCAAAAAGAAUAAGUGAAAACAGUGUUUAGAGCUGAAUACUUUCAUUAUGUUUUUAUGUUAUCCAUUCAUAUUCUUUCUGUUUCCAAUUUAAAGAGACUUUCUACCCACCCCCUUUAUUCUCUGUUUAUUUUUUAUUUGAAAGUAAGUGCUAUGGGUGAAAGGCUGUCAGAAACUAUUUGUUGUCCUGAGUGUUGCCUUCAGGAUUUUGGCAGGCACUUUAAGCUAGGACCAAGCUACUCUUUUCCACAAUAAAUAAAGGCUCAUCAGAAUAUAUAGUUGGCAAAUAUUUUCUAAAUUGAUUCAUGAUUGAGUCAAAAUAGAUGGGGUAAAAAAUAAAUUGUAUUUAUGUGUUUUCAGCAAAUUUCCACAGUGUUUCAUAUUCUAGGAUACUUCUAUCUUUUGUUAUUAUCUAGUUUCAAAGGUA